GGGCGGCGCGCGGGGGGAGGGGCGGAGAGGCGGGCAAGAUGGCGCCCGGAGAGUGAUUCACCCUAGUUACGUCCAGCGGCCGCUGAGACACCCGGGCGGGGGGUCCUGCCCCCACUGCCGCCCGUCCUCCUCUCCUCCCGCCCCCGGAGACCCCCCCUACCCUUCCUCCCUCUACCUCGGGGUGGGGGUGGGGGUGGGGGUGGGGGAGCGGGCCUGGUUCCCGGGACACCAUGUCGGACUCGGAGGAGGAGAGCCAGGACCGGCAACUGAAAAUCGUCGUGCUGGGGGACGGCACCUCCGGGAAGACCUCCUUAGCUACGUGCUUUGCUCAAGAAACUUUUGGGAAACAGUACAAACAAACUAUAGGACUGGAUUUCUUUUUGAGAAGGAUAACACUUCCAGGAAACUUGAAUGUUACUCUUCAAGUUUGGGAUAUAGGAGGACAGACAAUAGGAGGCAAGAUGUUGGAUAAAUAUAUCUAUGGAGCACAGGGAAUUCUCUUGGUAUAUGAUAUUACAAAUUAUCAAAGCUUUGAGAAUUUGGAAGACUGGUAUUCUGUGGUGAAGAAAGUGAGCGAGGAGUCAGAAACUCAGCCGCUGGUUGCGUUGGUGGGCAAUAAAAUUGAUUUGGAGCAUAUGCGAACGGUAAAACUUGAAAAACACUUACGGCUUUGCCAGGAAAAUGGUUUUAGUAGCCACUUUGUCUCAGCAAAGACAGGAGACUCUGUCUUCCUGUGUUUUCAGAAGGUUGCUGCUGAAAUCCUUGGAAUCAAGUUAAACAAAGCAGAAAUAGAACAGUCACAGCAUAUUGUCAGGGCAGAAAUAGUGAAGUACCCGGAAGAAGAUAAUCAACAUACCAACUCUGCUCAGAGUAGAAUCUGUUCAGUACAGUAGUGCAGAGGGUGGUGAAGGCAGAUAUUGUAAACUACAAUCAGGAACCUAUGUCAAGAACUGUUAACCCUCCUAGGAGCUCUAUGUGUGCAGUUCAGUGAGCACACUCUACCUUUGCACCAGUAUUCCUGGCUGCCCUUCACCCCCGCCCCCAUGGCCAGAGGCCUCUAGAAAGCUGUGUUAUCAGUGGCCAUCUCUGUAGCAUUCAGUUAACACCUUCUCCCAGCUUCCUCAGUGCACACCGCUGCCACAGCUGACGCAGCUCCUUGGCCUGAAGGAUCAGCUUCAACUUUGGGACAACACUCUUGGAAUCCAAAAUGGAAAGCCUUUUCUCUGGAAUUAAACUGCUUCACUGAAAAAGAAUAAUUUUGGUUCUCUUUACAUUCUCCCUUCUUUUUUCUUUGACGUGAACUUUUUUAGACAAAUAUGAAAACAAUACAAGUCUUGAUCAGCAGCCUGGAUUUGGCACUGCACAGUUUCAUUCUCUUAUCUGAACUACCUGGCAAAGUGCGUUUCAUAGUGCAAACACUUAAACAAGUAAUAUAUUUUAUCAACAGAUACUUCAGAAGGCAUUCUUUUGCUGUCUAUUGUGAGUGAAAAUAUAUAAAGUUGUAUCCAACUGAAAAUGCUUGAAAUAAAGCUGUAAUAGAUAUAUUUUUUUCAUUUUUUUAAAGAAGGCCUAAACUGUUUAUAUUGUAACUGUAACUCACAAAGUAGUGAGUAUUUGCUAUUGUAUUUUUAUUACCAUGUCAUGGUCAUUAUGUAUCGUGUAAUACUCAGGUUGGAUGGCUUUAUGAAGUUUGGUAACUGUUCAGCUGUUGCUCCACAUGGACUUCCUCCUCCAAACUGCCCAAGAGCACUCCCAGAAUGAGUCCCGACUGUUGUUGGAUCAUUGUGGAUCAGACUGUACCUGAUGUUCAGAUGUUCUUCUCCUGCAAAUAAACUUAUUUCAAUUAC